UCCUCCUCGGCCAGGUCCUCGUCCUCGUCCUCCUCGGACUAGCUCCUUCUUUCCACUCAGACAGGAGGAAGGAGCUCUUGUGUGUUUGUCGUUGUUGUUUUCAGGAUCGAUGUUUGUUGUGUGCUGAUCUUGGGCGGGUUUUGGAUUAUCGUUCGUUUUUUGUUGCUGUCCGUCUGGUGUCCGAUCGUCUCUCGAAUGCCUCUUUAACGCGGAAAUGUGCUGUGAGGUUCGAUCGAGCAGCGUGAUUGUGGAGUGGUUUUCGUGCUUUUGAAAAAGUAGAUAAAGAUAGAGGAUCACGGCGUUUGUGCUCGGACGAGCGGACAGCCCGAGGUCUCGUUCGAGGCGUCGAGGUGGAGCAUCCCGAGGGCGACGAGGAAGAGGCAGCAGAGGUUUCUUUUGUAUUGAACCGUGUAUGCAUCGGAGCCGAAGCUGGUUAAGAAUACGUAGGGCAGUGCUGGUCGUGAUCGGCCCUAGAAGUUGUCUUCAGAAAUGAAAAGCGCGUCGUCCACAAUACAUCUGAGAAUCGUUCUAAACGACACUAUGGUUGAGCUUAGAUUUUACUUCGAAGGACGCUAGGUGUGGAUGAGAAUGAGUUUUGUGUUUCGAGGAUCCAGGGGUGACCUGGAGAAUGGCUUCCAUAAUUUCACACCAGAGCGCAGGGCAGUGGUCCAAAGAUUUCACGGGAAUGCACGUUCGAAUGCCAAUCCCUUGACUUUUUUGUUCACAGUUCUCCUUCUUUUCGUGUUUAUAAACUCCCAUCAAAUGUCGCCGAACUUCCUACUAUGGCUUGGAAUGGGAGUAUUCUUGAUGGCAACAGGGCUGCGCAUGUACGCUAUGUGUCAGCAGCUCCAAGCACAAGCUCAGGCUGUGGGUGCGUUGGUUGGUCACACAGAGUUACACUUGCGCAUGCCACCUUCGCUAACCAUCGCCACAAGAGGUCGUCUACAAGGUCUACGCCUUCAGCUUGCCCUACUUGAUCGUGACUUCGAUGACCUCGACUAUGAGGCUUUGAGAGCGUUGGAUGGUGACAAUCCCCCUGGAGUGGCUUCCUUGAGUGAAGCAGAGAUUGGUCGCUUACCGGUUCAUAAAUACAAAGGCCAACCUCAUCAAAUCAGUGAAGGGGCGCCAUCACCAUCGCAAGCAUCUAGUGCGAUUGCUGCGGAAACUGGGACGAAAAAAAGUGAAAGUGGAGCGUUGGAGGCGACGAAGCAGAAGUACGAUGAAGAGUUGACCUGUACAGUUUGCCUAGAACAAGUGGUCGAUGGGGAAUUGGUCCGCAGCCUUCCUUGCCUUCACCAGUUCCAUGCAGGUUGCAUCGAUCAGUGGCUACGGCAACAAGCGACGUGCCCUGUUUGCAAGUUUAGACUUACGAGUAGCUGGCCGGAUGGCUCAAGUGCGAACGAUGGAACUUUUAUGGUGUAGUCCAGAAAGUUGUAUUUUGAGCUCCCUGUAUUCUAAGAACUGCAAGUAGGUCGAUUGAUCGAAUCUCAAAAGUGAUUCUUUCAAGGUUCUAUCUUUUGUAAAUGGUCGGGUGGUUCACUUUUGAGCACGGUCAAGGAAAUUUGGGCUGCUCUUGUAUUUUAAUAGCUAAGCAAACAAAACAAGGUCCGGAAGUAAAUGAAAGAUGAGAAUAGAAGCGGAGUAUGAUGUACAUGUGACUUGUAUUGAAGCUUUUAGGUGGCUUUUCCAGGAGGAAUCUAAACUUGUAAACUAUAGUUGGUUGUGAGGCAUGGGUUAGAUUCUCAGGCUCUUAGCACUGGGUGCUACUAUUUUAAUGUCGCGGAAAGCUUCAGUAGAUGAGGCUUCGGUGGGCAGUUCAAGAACGCUAUUUUGUUGUCAUCGAAGAUCAUUCAUGUUAUAGAAAGUUUACAAGCUC